AAGUCGAAGAGGAGGUGCGAAACCUCCUGCAGAAUGCCGACACGAAGGCAUUAGUGGGAUCUGUGCGGAAGAUCAUGCAGGUGUUGGAACACCAUGGCUUGGCAUGCCGCCAAUGCCUGAGUUGCAUGAAGGUGGGCGUGCACGACGCUAACCGAGAUGGUCUCGGUGUGUCGGCCUUCGACUGCCACAGGUUGUGCUCUGAGAUCAGCGACAUCGGCUACGACAGCCAGGAGUUCAAGGGGGUGGCAAUUCAGCUGCAGGGCGCAGAGCUGGACAGGAUCCAGGCCUUCAACAGGAAGUUGCAGGAGGAGGCCCAAGGCCUUUUGGGUGGCGCAAGUGACAUGAUCAGGUACGCAAGUUUGGCUGGCUCUCACGCCAACGACGCCAUGAGGUGCUUCGCAUCGCAUGUGGAACACAAGGAUGAUGAGCUCACAUUGGACGGCCGACUCUCGAUAGAGAGGCUUGCGUCGAAGGAUGGCGCCUUCUACAAGGCCAUCGUUGAUGGCGAGACAUGGAUGGUGCUUGAGGCCACUUGCUCCACCACCUGGCCAACGCUGGCCGAGACAGUGCAGGCAGCUUACAAUGCAGCUGGGCAGCUGGCGAGGCGUGAGACUGACCUCCAGGUGAUGAAAAGGCUGCACACAGCCAUCAUCCGCCAGGGAGCGGCGUGUGCAGUGCCGCGCAUGUACACCUUCGUCAUGCACUUCGCUGGGGGGCGAUCAGGUGAGUUCCUGAAAGAGACGGAGGCCUUCUUGCGCAUCAAGUGCGUGCCUGCAAGGCACUUGGCACCCGAGGUGUACGAAUCCCUCGCAACCGAGAUGCGACACACGGGAGCGCAACAAUUCCCCAAGUGCCGCCACGCGCUUCUUAAGGCACUCUUCACCAUUGAGUCUCGGAUCACGGCGAGCGACCUUCGACGUCUCUUCAGCCAGAAGUCAGGUAUGAUGCCACAGCUGGAGGAAUGUGAGGGGUUGAUCACUGAUGUGCAGAAGCUCUUCAAUUACCUUGACGUGCCAGCUGAGGUCAAGUUGCAGCAUCAAGGUGACUUUGAGAUCUCUUUGAUGUUCUGCCUGUUGCAGAAGAAGGAGCCAGGCAAAGAGCAGCGCGACAGUUUGCAAAGUGUUGCUCACAGUGCAGUGAUGCUGACGAGGGAGCAUUCUGGUUUGAAGACUCCUGACCUCGUCUCCCCAUCUUGUCAUCCAGUUCAGGCACGACAACCUCAGGUGGUUCGGCUUCAGCAGCCGCCAGUCAUUCUCUUCCGGAUGCGUGAGUACGACGAGAGCGGGAAACAGCACACAACUGCAGCCUUGGAAGAGGCAGGCUUCGCGGUGAGCCAGCGGGCGCUCCACAAGAAGACCAAACAGGAGGGCGAGAUUGUGGCCAUGACUUCGGAGAAAGUCACGAUCAACCUAGAUUCAAAGACGACCAUGACUGUUGGCGCACAGGAUUUUCUGAUGGGCCAAUGGCAGACAGUGAAGGCCAAGGCGCCCAUCGAGUUUCUUGCCUGGGAAGAUCGGGAGCCGUUCAAGUCGGUGGAGGUCUCAGUCAUGGAGCUCCAGGCCAGUGCAUGCUUGGCCCUUUGCGAGGCCGCCAAGAAGAAGAGCCUGGAAGGUCUGAUUGCAUUGCAGACCAAACCUGCGAAAGACGUGAUUGCAGCAAAGGCGAUCUUGAAGCAUGCCUUGCAGAUCAUCCCAGUGACCUCAAAGAUUCAGGUGCAGGAGGCCACGAAGGGAAAACAGAUUCCGCCUUCGGCGAUCUCCAUGGGCCAGAAGAAGAUUGGCGAAGCUGUCUUUGACAUGUGGCUCAUGCCGCAUCCUUUGAAGGAGGGUUGCCUUGUGAGCCCGGCUUUCAUGGUGCGGAGCACAGAGGAUGAAAGCAAGGCCAACAUGGAGAUCUGGCCGGCGCUGGGCAGGCAACAGGUCAAGGAGCUGAAAGUUCCAGUGUUGAGGAACACGAAGGCUGUGAAGAAGGGAGAACAAUUGCUGGUCUAUAGGCCCAAGGUGGAGGCUGAGGCCGCGGAAGAUCCAACAGGGCAUCCGAAGAAGAAGGCACGAAAGGCCAAAUGA